CAGCCACCUGGCAUGGUCGGGAAAUCUCCAGACAGGCAGGAACUUCGUUUGGAACUUCAGCGCCAGCAAGAUUCCUUUGGAAGCAACGGAACCAAAGGCAAGCGGUCCUCGGUUGCUGGGACGGACGUGGGUUCUAUCUGUCCGUUCUCACAAGUUUCCCCUAGGGCUGGGACCUAGAUGUGCAGCAAGUUCAGGUCCUCCAGCACUAUAGUUUUCGCCGCUGGCCCAAGUUAGAGGCCAACUGAAAAAUCGUCGUGCCUCAGAUUUGUUGACGUACAGAAUGCUUCGGUACCCUUAUUUUUAUAGAAUACAUAAGGAAUUUCUUUCAUGCUGGUUUGAAUCUGGCAUAUUUAAUUUAUGUGUCUGGCCAAAAAAAAUACAUACUACAGGAGAAAGAUAUGAUGAAUAUGAAGCCCAGGAGCAAACAGAUCAAACUGAAGCUCAGAAGUUAUACUUGUCUCCAGAUAGAGAUUCUGAAGCUGUGGCUAAAUUACAUAUUCCAGUGAUGGUGGAUGAAGUUGUUCAAUGUUUGGCACCACAAAAAGGGCAGAUUUUUCUAGAUAUGACAUUUGGUUCAGGAGGACAUGCGAGAGCCAUUCUACAGAAGGAAUCAGAUAUUACUCUGUAUGCCUUAGACAGAGAUCCAACAGCUUAUGCAAUUGCCGAACAGCUUUCUGAAUUAUAUCCAAAACAGAUCAGAGCUCUGCUGGGACAGUUCAGCCAAGCAGAAGCCUUAUUGAUGAAAGCUGGCAUGCAGCCAGGAUCUUUUGAUGGAGUUCUUUUGGAUCUUGGGUGUUCCUCCAUGCAACUUGAUACUCCUGAAAGAGGUUUUUCCCUUCGGAAGGAUGGCCCCUUGGACAUGAGGAUGGAUGGUGGCAGGUACCCUGACAUGCCCACCGCUGCUGAUGUUGUGAAUGCUUUAGAUCAACAGGCACUUGCAUCCAUCCUAAGGACAUACGGGGAAGAGAAGCAUGCCAGGAAAAUAGCUUCAGCAAUUGUUCAGGCACGUAGCAUCUAUCCCAUCUCCAGAACCCAGCAGCUUGCCAGCAUCGUCGCAGGUGCCUUUCCUCCCUCUGCUAUUUAUGCACGAAAAGACCUGCUACAGCGACCUGCCCAUAUUGCUACCAAGACUUUCCAAGCCCUUCGCAUAUUUGUGAAUAAUGAGCUCAAUGAACUCAACACAGGACUGAAGACUGCUCAGAAGUUUCUGAGACCUGGUGGUCGUCUCGUUGCCCUCUCCUUCCAUUCACUAGAGGAUCGCAUCGUUAAACGGUUCUUGCUUGGAAUAAGCCUGGCGGAAAGGUUUAACCUAAGUGUUAGACAGAAGGUAAUAAGAAAAUCAAAAUCGUGUUUAGGUCAUGAAAACAAGGAAGGAGUCUCUAUAAAUAAAGCUCCUUUAAUGUGGGAAUUGAUACACAAAAAGGUACUUACCCCAGAAAAUAAGGACGUACAGGAUAACCCCAGAGGGCGCUCAGCCAAGCUUAGAGCAGCUAUCAAAUUAUGACACAGUUACCCCAUCUUACUCUUUAAGUUUUUCUUCACAGUUUCUCGAAUUUUUUUUCCUUGUGAUGUUCUGAAUGGCUUAGUAAUUGUUUUAAGUGUGGGACAGUCUAAAUUGAUGGCAUUUUUUUUUCCUCAAAAAUAAAUUAGGAAAUAUUACCAUUACACAGUAAGUUCAACUCAGGAAGCAGCUGCAAAAUGUGUUUAUCUUUGCGUUAUAUUUAACUUUUUUUUUAUUGAGACUGAUUCUUAUUCUGUUG